AUUACAAGAUGAAGUACAGAGAACACAUACAAAAGAAUUACCACUGGAUAAAAGACAUGAAUGCUCAUAUUGGUGAGACGGUGACUCUGAACUCCAGAUAUACAAGGCUGGUUCUUGUUAGUGCGCAUCACCAUGAAAAAAAGAAAGAACAUGAAAUCAUGGCUGUGGGACAGAGACAAGCAGAAAUCAUGCAGGAACAAGUGAAUUCUUCCAUUGCUAUAACAGAUCUUUUUAAACCUGACAGGGAUAAACAGACACCAAAGUCUGCCGUGAUAUUGGGAGCUGCAGGAAUUGGGAAGACAAUGACAGGUAAUGUUCUUACAGCUCAGGGGAUUAUGGCUGACAUGAUUUCGAAAUGUUGUCCCAGUGAUAAUCCACCUCUUGUAGAGAUCUUGAGGAGACCAGAAAAACUCCUGUUUAUCAUUGAUGGCUUUGAUGAACUGACGUUUUCUUUGGACCAGCCACAAAAUGACCUGUCCUCUGAUCCCUGGGAGAUUAAGCCACUGCCCUGCAGAAGCUGGAACAGUGUUUGGUGUGUGAAUGCUCUGCUGAAAAUACUGGGAUUCUCAGCAGCUGAUAGGGAGUAAUAUUUCCACAAAUGUUUUGAAAAUAAGGAAGAGGGAAGGAAGGCCUUUCAGUUUGUUAAAGGAAAUGAAACGGUCUUUACCAUGUGCCUUGUCCCCAUCAUGUGCUGGAUCGUCUGUACUGUCAUGAAACAACAGCUUGAAAGUGGUGAAGAUCUUGCACAAACUGCCAACACAACUGCAGGAAUAUAUAUCCUUUAUGUUUCCAGCUUACUAACACCUCUGAGCAGCAAGUUGAAACAGAACUUGUACAUUAGCCUGAAAAUACUUUGUUGCCUGGCUGCUGAUGGGAUCUGGAAGCAGAGAGUCCUCUUUGAGGAGGAGGCAAUCAAUGAAUUCUUGUUAAAUCAGAGAGACACUCUCCCACUUUUUUUGAAUGAGAGCACUUUUCAGGAGGCCAUUAUUUGUGGGAGUGCCUACAGUUUCAUUCAUCUGAGUGUCCAAGAGUUUUUUGCAUCUCUAUUUUAUGGUGAAACAAGAGAUAAGCAAGAAGAUCCUAACAGGGAUGUGAAAAAAUUGUUAGAAAACUAUGGAAACUCAAGACAUGAUUUCAAGUUAACCAUGCAGUUCCUAUUUGGUCUCUUAAGGAACAAAAAAAUUUUGGAAAAGGAAUCAGGGUGCAAAAUUUCUCCUGAAAUUAACAAAGAAUUACUAAUGUGGCUUCAAACUAGCCAAAAAACAGCUUUAGCUGUUAAUGCAGAGAAAAGAGCAGUGAUUCAUGAUUUGGAGGCUUGCCACUCGUUGUAUGAAAUCCAAGAUGAAAGUUUUGUGAAAACU